AUGAUAUUUAUUGUAAAACGCAAUAUUGAUAUUGACUUUGCUCAAAAUUAUUAUGCAUAUACAGGUUAUAGUGGAAUAUUGGGGCUUUAUAUUACUAGUCCAGCAAUGAAUAUAACCAUUGCAUCAACAAUUCAAUAUUAUGGUGUCUGUUUAUGUGAAAAUUAUAUUAUUGCUACACAGGACUUACCUAAUUCACCUGUCGAUGUUUAUUAUCGUUCAAAUGGUACAUUUGCUUUUAAUAUUACUGGAUUUAAUAUUCCAAACGCUUGUGGUGUGAUCAAUGAUCAAUUGUAUGUUAUUGCCAAUAAUAGUUAUUUACAAUCAAUAGACCUGACAAAUCGAACAACAGGCAUAAAAUCAUGGCCUGUUAUUAAUGGUCUCAAUCAAGGUUAUACUAAUAUGGCUGUAGAUGCGUCUGGACGAAUAUAUACAGCUCUUAACGUAAAUGGAUUGCCAUAUUCAACAAUUGUUAGUUCAUUUAUAAAUAAUACACCAUUAGCAACCUACGCUACUUUCCCCUAUUCUUGUGGUAAAGCAUCAAAAUAUAAAUACAUAUUUGUUGCUUCUUAUCCAUAUUUGGCUCCUGUGACAUCCUUUGUUAAAAUAUACGAAUAUUAA